AAUCGUAUCUGCAGUAGAAGUCCGUGAUUCGUGCCAGAACAAAAUCAAAACAAAAGGAGAAGGCGAAGGGUAGCGAAGUAGAUCGAGCACUCUCUUGUAAUCUGUUUGGGCAACAGUACAAGCCUCAAAAACUCAGCGAGAUGUCAGCGGUACGUUUGUCUCUGGAGAGGGAGCCAGGUCAUGCUUCACGACAUCCGGCACCCGUCGAUCCCCUGAAAUCUCUUGGAGUCUCUGCUCUCAAGACUUUACAACCAGAUGGGAACUUUUUUUCCGACUGCACAAGCCCUAGAACUCCUCUUGACUCAGAAUCAAAUGCUAUCCGCAUGAGAUCAAAUUCUUCGAAAAUUCAAACUGACCCACAGAAAUCUGUGGACUGGAAACAGCCCGAGUCUGGACACAGAGUUGCUGGUUCCGAUGUAGGUUCUUUUCCUCUAAACAUGAACCCGACACAAAUGGCGAUACACACCGAGACUGAAAAGCUGGCCAGAAUCUGUGGGACCUUCCCUGAAAGAAGCAGGGUUUCUCUAGUGAAUUUCCCCUAUGGAGAGGUUUCACCCAACUGCGUUUCUUCUCCUAGAGAAUCCUUGACACCGUCCCGUAGAGGACGAGGGCGGAAGAUCCUCGGGGCGAGGGCUCCACCGUGUAAAGACACCCAAGUGGCAACUCAAACUCAAACUCAAACCAUGAACCCUGAGAGCCAAGCCCCGGAUUCGCUCCUCCUCAUCAAACAAGCAGUGCAGAACUUUUAUGGCGGAGGAGCUGCCGCUGCUGCGGAAACACUUCCUGAUUCAUCCCACCAUGACCAUACCCCUCUUUAUGUUGCCGACCUAAAGAAAACCCUUCCACCUGUACCGGAGGUUAAGAGGUCACCUGUUUCUGGGGGCCCAGAGGUCAAGGUGUCACCUAUUUCAGGAGUCUCUGCGGUCAAGAUGUCACCUGUUUCUGGCGUCUCAAAAGUCAAGAUGCCACCAGUUUCCGGGGGUUCUGAUGCCAAGAUAUCAUCUAUUUCUGAUUUUGGGGCCUCUGGGUUCUCAAAGUCACUGACUGAGCCUAGAUAUAAUGUGAAGACAUCGGAAGAGCCAAGGGACAUGCGAAAUACCAACAAGUUUACUCAAAUGGGAGCUUCUGCAGCUACAGGCACAUCCACAUAUCCAAAAACACCCGAUCACAUGACACGUAAGAUGGCCCCUAGUGGGUCUGGGAAUCCUUCGCCUGCUUCUAAUGCAUGCACUUGUGUCCGCUCUUCAAAACUGAUCCUGUGUCAAACGUGCGGAGAGACCAUGCAUGGGCGAGUGCGUCGAGUAUGUCCCGUCCACCCAUCCCAGAUAUUCCUUAUGGAUUUUGAGUUUUGUGGCAAAUGUAAAUGUAAGAAUCUCAGAGAGAUCUGUUCUACGCCCAGAGCAUAAGUCAUAAGGUUUAUAGUGACUAUCAUCACUGUCAUACAUCAAGGUUACGUUGUGGGUAAUUUAAGUUUUGAAAAGUGAAGGCGUUGGUUAGCUUUACUUUGUACAUUGUUUUUAGUUUAAAUAUUUCAAAUUCAGGAUGACUGAAAGUAUUGAAUCUUCCAAUUAUGCUUUGUCAGUGGAUGCAUGAUGUCCUUAAAUUAGAAAAACCCAUAUGUGCAAUCCAUAUUUGAAUCUCUUCUGGUAGUGUGGGCAUUCCACUCAUACUCCAUAUAUAUAUAUAUAUAUCCACUGGAAGUCAUGUCUACACUGAUCUAAAAAUAAUGAGUUUUAUUACAGUACAUUUGAUCUUUCAUGGAUGCAAAGUUAACUCUUGAGCACUCUGUUGUUCCUGAGCUUUUGGCUGUAGACUCUAUGUUGUGCCGGGCACAGUAGAAUCGGGCGCUUGUCAAUUUGGGGGCACCCUCCCCUGGGGUGAUGCCGCUUACUGAAGUGUCAUUAGGCCAUUCCCAAAGGGGGGACAUUAACUUGUUCUUAUGCACAGUAGAAUUGUA